UUUUUUUAUAUAGCUUAAAAAAAACUAUAUUGUUAGCUAUCACUAAAUUUUUAUCAAAAAAGCAAAUUUAAAUUCUUAAAUUAAUUACAAUUAAUUGCAUUAACUUUAAAUUAAUUAACUAUUUUCAUCUAUCUUAACUUAGAAGUAUAUCAAAACUAUAAAGCUAAUUAGUAUAUAAAUAGCAUGGGAGCAAACAACGUUAAAGAAUAAUUAUACGAAGCAGUAGAACAAUCUGAUGAAGCAAGAGUUGCCUAGCUCAUCAAAGAAAAUCCCAUUUUACUUAACGCUCCUCUAACUGAGGACUGCUAGAAUACAGCAUUGUCAAGAAGUGUUUGGAGGAACGAUUAAAAGCUAGUUAAAUUAAUUUUAGGAAUGGGCAGUUAAGUUAAUAACACAGCCUCAAAAGGAAUAAGUCCUUUGAUGUGGGCAGCUAAAAGAGGACAUAUUGAUAUGGCAAAAUUAUUAAUUGAAAAUGGCGCAUAAGUUCUAUAAAGAUCAGAAGAUAAUCAAAAAUUUACUCCUCUUGAAUGCGCUAUAGUUAUGGGUUAAUAUGAAAUGUGCUUAUACUUGCUUUCAUUGGAUCUAACUUAAUUAGAAAGUUUACAAACUCCUGAAGUAUAUUAAAAGGGAGCUGAGGGUAAGUACUUAAGCUAUUGCAAUUACGAAUAGUUCUUGGAUCAUUUGAAGGCUAGAAUUCCAUUUGAAUCUUGCCCUAAUUUCUAUUAAAGACCUACUAAACCUGAAUUAGUUGAUCCUGUAAUAGAUCCUCGUGAAACUUGGGUUCAAUUCAUUAAAAGAAACAUUGAAUUCGAAGAACCUCCAGUCGUAAUUUAUUAAUUUGAAAUUUAAAAGGCUUUUAUUCAGUUUGAUUUCUAUUUGUAGGUUGAAAGAAGUGAAUUGCCUCAACAUUUAUAACCACAAAACAGAUUCAUGGGUAAAGUAAGACAAUAUUUAAAUGGCAAGAGCCCAUAUCCUCCAAAAUAGCCAACUACUUUAGAAGAUAGAAAUAAUGUUGAGUUAUAAGAUCCUUUUGUUGAUAACAGAGUUUAAAUAGAUACCCCUCAAAAUAUCAACUAAAAAGAAUAAAAAUAAGCAACACUCUAAUAAAACGUAUACUCUAACUAAGGAAGUUAAUUCAAUAUAGAUAAUUAACAGAGUAAAGAAAAAGAAAUUGAUGUUUGA